CUCGCCACGACUCGCGCGUAUAAACACACUGUGUCUCCAUCACGAAACCGCGGAGGAAGUGAGAAAACUACGAUGCAUUUGACACUUAGCCCAGUGAGGAAGGCGGCGCACGCCCGGACGGCGAGCCACCCGUCGCCGUCGACGUGCCAGUGCCGCCCUGCCCUCGUGAGGCUCGACGGCGCGGUGAGGGAGCUCAGGUCGUGGUCGUCGUCGGCCGGCGGAGGCGGUGCGGUGGAUGCGGGACCGGGGCUUAAGCUCGUGGAGGCCGUGCUCGCCGCGCUCGGCGAGGUUCUCGAGCUGCCGCAGGCCGUGGCGGCGCUCCGGCACGGCGGCGCGUGCGACGGGGCGCUCGACGGGUUCCUCGUGCUCGCCGACGCCUACGGCACGUUCGAGUCGGCGCUGCUGGCGCUCGGGGAGAGCGUGGCCGGGGCCCGCGGCGGCGCCCGGCGCGGGGACGGCGCCACGGUCGCCGCGUCGCUCCGCGCCCGCAGGCGGACGGAGAAGGAGCUGUGCCGCCUCGCGGGGACGAUGCGGCGCGCCUCGAGGCCGGCCGCGGACGCGACGGGCGAGGGCGACGGCGUGGGCGACGCGGUGGCGGAGGCGGCCGCGGCCACCGCGGCGGCGUCGGAGGCCAUCUUCCUGGGGUGCGCCGCGAUGUCGCCCGGCACGUCGUCGAUGGCCAAGACGGCGCCUCCUUCAUCGAACAAGUACUGGCUGUCGAGGCUGCGCGUCGUGCCGGCGGCCAAGAAGGUGUCGCCGGAGACGUGCGCCGCGACGGCGACGGCGGCGGCGGCGUUGGAGAGGCUGGAGGAAUGCAUUGGUGAGCUGGAGAGCGAGAGCGAGAAGGUGUUCAGGAGGCUGUUGCAGACUAGAGUUUCUCUUCUUAACAUCCAUAACCCCGUGUAAUUCUGCAUCUCUGUUACUCCAUGCAGUUCGGAA